AUGGCAAAGAUUCGCAAACUUUGGGACCUCCAAGGAGAUUUUGAAGCCAUUGAUCUCGAUUCAGGUUUCUUCCUCAUAAAAUUCCAAAUGAAAAAGGAUUGUGCGUAUGUUUAUACAGGGGGUCCUUGGAUUGUUCUGGACCAUUACCUCACAGUUCGUAUAUGGCAACCCAAUUUCAAGCCGGCGGCGGCCGAGGAGGUGAAAACUGCCUUGUGCAUCAGAUUUCCCCAAUUGCUGAUAGAGUACUACAAUGAAAAAGUAAUUUUUCACAUUGCCAAGGCCUUGGGUAAACCUCUAAAAAUUGACCUGAACACAGCCAUUUCGACCAGAGGCAAAUACGCGCGUGUGUGUAUAGAGAUGGACCUCAAGAAGCCUCUGCUUUCAUAUUUCGCUAUUGGUAAGUAUAACUACUUGAUUGAAUACGAACAUUUACAUACAUUUUGUUUCAAUUGUGGCAGGGUAGGCCAUUGGAGGGAAUGGUGUAGCGAGAAACUGGCAUCGGUUGCAAAUCUAGUCUCCAUCGGAGCAGCUGCAAAUCUGAAUCCGACCGUUGGAGAUCAGGCUGAAGGCCAUAAUGGCACAUCUCAAACAAAUUCAGAACCAAUUGGACUUGCUGAUGCUAACAAUAGCAGUUAUGGGCCAUGGAUGCUUGUUGAUCGAAGGGGGAAGAGAAAUAUUUACAAAGACAAUAUGAAUGGGCCCAUUAAUGAAGCCAUUACCACGAGGUCAAUUAGAACCACCAGCCCAUCUUCCCGUAAGGCCCAAUGGAGAAAUCCAUCAACCUCAGCCCAACCCUCAAGUACUUCUCAUUACCAGAAUCAUAAAACUACUUAUAAAACCAAUGGCCACAAAACCAACUUUAUUGUUGGGAGCUCACGUGAUGUUCUCUGCUCAACUACUGAAUCCCCAUGUCGUCUAAUCACAUCAAACCCUUUUGAAUGCUUACAGUCGUCUGUAAAGAAACCUGAGGAAGCUACCUCUACUCCUUUUUCGGAAGAAUAUAGUGGUAUCCAAGAGAAGAAAACAGACCAAUCUAUUUUGGAAGCAAGCAAGGUAUGUGAGCAUCCAAACCAUCAGAGUUUAGCUGUUAUUCAGAAGGUGAAGCCCCCUAUAAUAUCAAAUACUGCAUCCAUUUCAUCUUCUUCAACCAAUCCUCACUCUGUGGAGCAUCCCAUUCCCCCUCCUCUUUCCAUUCAACCUCUAGUAGAUGGAGAUCCCAGAAGUGCUUCACCACAAGAUCAUCUGCAACCAGGAAUACCUUGCAAUAAAUCCCGAGAUAGAAGCUAUUCACCGAAUCGCAUCAGAGUGGUGGAUAGAGGAAGCCCGAGUCAUGAUAGAGCUGAACAUGGAGAGCUACGGCUCCAAAACACACAGCCUCCGGAUCGGCUCAACAAGGGCCAUGGUGAACGAUCGCAUUCGAGUAAGAAAUAUUUUGGGGACUCCUGA